CGAAAGGGGAAAAGUCACAUGGCGACGGAAAAAAAAUAAUCUACACCGGCAAACAAAUUUUAAUCGAGCGUCGCGCAUUUUUGAGAACCUCGUUUUGGUCUCAUUUAAUCAGCAGUCAUGAAGAUUGAAGAAGUUAAAAGCACUGCCAAGACCCAGAGAAUUUCAGCACAUACUCAUAUCAAAGGAUUAGGCCUUGAUGAGAAUGGAAUGGCUAUUCAAAUGGCAGCCGGCCUGGUCGGUCAAGAAUUAGCACGAGAGGCUGCUGGUGUUGUUGUCGAUAUGAUAAAGUCGAAAAAGAUGGCAGGGCGCGCAGUGCUGCUUGCUGGUCCUCCAGGAACAGGUAAAACAGCUAUUGCCCUUGCAAUAGCUCAAGAGCUAGGUAAUAAAGUACCAUUCUGCCCAAUGGUUGGUUCUGAAGUAUACAGCUCAGAAAUAAAGAAGACGGAGGUAUUGAUGGAAAACUUUAGACGUGCAAUUGGUUUGCGCAUUAAAGAAACUAAAGAAGUUUAUGAGGGUGAAGUUACGGAGUUGACACCAGUAGAGACUGAGAAUCCGACGGGUGGUUAUGGAAAGACAGUUUCACAUGUAGUUAUUGGACUGAAAACUGCUAAAGGAACGAAACAAUUGAAGCUUGAUCCAACAAUAUAUGAAUCUUUACAAAAAGAGAAAGUUGAGACCGGUGACGUAAUUUAUAUCGAGGCGAAUAGUGGAGCAGUAAAACGACAAGGACGCUCUGACAAUUUUGCCACAGAGUUUGACUUAGAAGCAGAAGAAUAUGUGCCUCUGCCUAAAGGUGACGUUCACAAGAAAAAAGAAGUCAUACAAGAUGUCACACUGCAUGAUCUAGACGUAGCUAACUCCAAACCACAGGGGGGCCAAGAUAUCAUGUCUAUGAUGGGGCAGCUAAUGAAGCCAAAGAAAACUGAAAUUACCGAUAAACUGCGCAAGGAAAUCAACAAAGUUGUGAACAAAUACAUCGAUCAAGGCAUCGCUGAGUUAGUUCCAGGAGUUUUGUUCAUAGAUGAAGUUCACAUGCUGGAUAUUGAAACAUUUACGUACCUCCAUCGAGCGCUAGAAAGUGCAAUUGCUCCCAUAGUUAUAUUUGCAACGAACCGUGGGCGUUGUAUUAUCAGAGGCACCGAAGACAUCGUUUCUCCGCAUGGAAUACCCCUUGAUUUAUUGGACAGAUUACUCAUCAUCAGGACCCUUCCAUAUUCAAGAACAGAAAUCGAGCAAAUUGUUAAGUUGCGAACAACAACUGAAGGCUUACAAAUUGAAGAUGAGGCCUUGACAGCCCUUGGCGAAAGGGGUACUAAGACAACACUCAGAUACGUUGUACAAUUAUUGACACCAGCUGCGCUGACUGCUAAAGUGAAUGGAAGAACUGUAAUCAAGAAGGAAGAUAUCGAGGAAGUUGGGGGCUUAUUUUUGGACGCUAAAUCGUCUGCCAAAAUUCUAACACAGCAUAAAGACAAAUAUAUGAAAUGAAAGUGAGUUUUAAUCUAAGCUGAGACAUUGCCUUAAAAUUUAUAUACUUGAAAUGAAAUCGUGUUCUGAAUCCCGUGUCAAUUAGCUUCUGUGUUUAAUUAGAAGAUUGACAUUUGUUGCUGAUUAUUUUCCAGACUAAUAAUAGAUAUUCGAAACUCGUAUAUUCGCAAAGUGGGAAAAAGAAAACCAUUCAAAUAUGGUCUAGUUAAAAUGAUUCCAGCAAUAACCAAUUUUUCCUCCAUGCAUCAAUGUUUUAAUUUUAUAUGUUUCACAUUUAUCCAAAUUGUAUUUUGUUGCAUGUUCUUAAAACAUGUUAAUAAAAUCUGUUACUAUUCUACGAA